GAAAAGGUAUGCUUCCUCACCAUAGGCAAUUGACUACGUGGUCAAAAACGACACGGUGCCACCUCAUUGGUCAGCAGUGUAUACACGUCGCGUACGCGGGCAGCGCUCCAACUCUUCCAACAUCAAGAUGCUGCUGUCAACUACUUCUGACAGGAGUUCCCUCGUCAUUCUCUGCUCUUGCUAUGGCAGACACUCAUUGGGCGGAUGCACCACGAGCGGUGCUCAGUUAGGGCGACAUCACACCGAUUGGCUCAAGCUUUCUCAGAUCACGAAGGACACAUUGCUAACACGACUGCAGCGGAAGCGAUGUUAUGACGGCGUGGGCCGCUGUGGUAUACUGAUAGCUACGGUAAACAAUACGUAGGACUAUCGGGUCGAUGGAAGACUGCGCUGAGUUUGAGAGUA